AUGCAGUCAGCAAUUAUCUGGCCUAUCAAGUUCCUGCCUGGAACCACCGACAAUUAUACCUCAAACGAAGUAAUUGUGCGCGAUAUCACUGCCGCCCAAGUCUGGGCCAACCUUGCCGACAUCACUCAGUGGGAGUCGUACUACAAUAACUGCAGUCAUAUCACGCCGCCAGUCACCGGCAACAGCCUGAAGAAAGGUGACGACUUUAGCUUCUCGACCUUCGGGUUCGGUCCCUUUCCGGCAGAAGUCAUGGAGUCUGUGCCGCCGAGUGCGAGCUCACCGGGACGCUUGGCAUGGAGGGCAUGGGUAGAUGGGGAUGAGAGCUCUAAGCUAGAUGUUUAUCAUGCUUGGAUUGUGGAGGACUUGGAUUAUGGCGUGGUUAGAAUCCUGACGCAGGAGUCUCAGAUUGGACAGCCCGGAGCUAAGCUUGCGGCUACGAAGCCGAAUCCCAUAUUGAAUGGUCAUCAAGAGUGGCUCGACAGCUUGGUCAAUUUCACAAAACAGAAACAGAACGCAUCAAGCUGA